CACAGUGAUGUGGAGAUGGCUGUGUGGGAAGCUGAAUCUAUGGGCUGCCUGACUCGCUCUGAGUUGCUUAAGCUUCCAGCCACAUUGGAAUCUGGAAUAGGGGCUGGGACCAGCAAGGAGGAUGGUGGUAGAAAUGGGAGUUCAUCGGCUCCACCUCAGAUCCAGCUGUACUGCCGUGCCUGCCUCGUGACCUGCAACUCCCAAGAGAGUUUUGAGAACCACUGCUCAUCCCUGGAGCACACACAGAUGGUGUCCUAUGACAAGGGGACCCUAUGGGAAUACAGAGCCCCACCUAUCGGGCUCCGCAAAUUCAAACUUUGCAGCAGGCCAGAUAUCUGUGAAUAUGGGAAUGGAUGUACCCAGGCACACUCUGUGGAAGAGCUGCAGGAGUGGAUCCUGCGGGCACAGGCAGCCCAGAUGAGAGAGGAAUCAGCCCGGCAGGACGGACUCCUCUCUUACCAGGACCGGCUUUUACAUGAAUAUCAGCACUGCAACAAUGAAAUGCUGGUGAUGUCUGAGUCUAUACAUGAUGUAACUGUACACUGUGACCAGCCCUUGCAAUGCCAGGUAGAGGACAAGAAAUCGCAAUGCAGAUGGAAAUUUAUCAUCCAAUCUAAGGACCCACUGCAGCAUGUGGCACUCCUCAAACGGCAGACGGGAGCAAUCUUUUCCUUAGUGAGUCCUGGGCUUCCACCAGGACAACUUUAUGCCCAUGGCUCAAGGUUCCUUAUGCAGGGUGCAGCGAUGAUGACCUUCCAAGUGGAGGUACUGGUGGAAUGUAUUGCCUUUGGCAGCUAUGAGCAGUGGGUAGCUUUUGACUUUGGAUGUCGGCCUGUCCUGGUACGGAAGCUACAUGUGCAAGUGGGCCAGAAGGAGACUGCUGGGAUCUCACCCACCUAUACCCAGGACCCUGAUUGUCUAAUGGAACUGAUCCGCUGGCACAGUGGAAAUCGUUGUGUGGUGCCCAGCAUGGCCAGGACAGAUGAGCAGAUGAGGUUGCUAGCCAAGUACAAAGUGAGCCCCCAGCAGCUGGAAUAUUACAUGUCAAUGGCUUCUGACCACAUUCCUAUAACUCCAGUCAACUAUCGGGACAGGAUGCAUCAAUUCUUAUAUGUGGAGGAGGAGGCUCAGCAGCAAUUGGUGGCCAAACUGAACCUUCAGGUGCAAGUCACACUGACUUCCAAGAUGCAGACCUUGGCGAUGGGCUUGAAAUGUGCAGCACCUGGGGAAUUGUAUGCCAGGGUUCCAAUUCCUUGUUCUCUGACACCAGACACAGACCAGGGCUAUUUGCUAAGUAGGGCUGUGAACACUGCUUACGUGGCACCUGUCCCUGCCCCUGACAACCAUGUGUAUGAGGUCCAGGUGGAAGUCAAGGCCACUUCAGAUCAAAAUGUGUGGCUUCUGCUGCCAGCCCACUGUUGCUCUGCCUUGGGACUUAAGGAUGAAGACACAAAACUUAUGGAAAUCCAGUUUCAAAUUGACAGGACUGUAUUUGGGAUGUGGCACCAAGCCAUCGAUGCACUUCGGGAUGACAAACUGGUAACACCUAACAUGUCUGCCUGUUCUCUGCCUUCUUUGAGGCCACCUCCCCAGGAACUCCGUGGUAAUCCAAAACAGAAGCAGGCCAUCUCGUUUAUCACAGGCACAGCCAGUCCUCUGAGCCGAGUGCCUCCACUGCUCAUUUAUGGCCCAUUUGGGACAGGCAAGACAUACACACUAGCCAUGGCCACGCUAGAAGUUAUGAAACAGCCAAACACCAAGGUGUUGAUCUGCACCCACACCAACAGUGCUGCUGACAUCUACAUCCGAGAGUACUUUCAUGCCUAUGUCACAGCUGGACACCCUGAGGCUGUGCCACUGAGGGUCAAAAGCACUGAGAGCUUCCUUAACCAGACAGACUCAACUACACUGCAGUAUUGCUGCCUCACAGACGAUAGACGCUUCUUCCGUGACCCAACUCAGGCAGAACUUAAACAACACCGUAUUAUAAUCACCACCACCACUUUGUCUCGUUCCCUGGAUGUGCCACCUGGUUUUUUUUCCCAUAUUCUUAUUGAUGAGGCUGCUCAGAUGUUAGAGUGUGAAGCCAUAAUUCCACUAGCCUAUGCCACUCGGAACACACGCAUUGUCCUGGCUGGGGACCACAUGCAAAUCACCCCCAAACUCUUCAGUGUGGGGGAUAGGAAAUCUGCAGACCAUACACUGCUCAAUCGUCUAUUCCAGUACUAUCAGCGGGAGACUCACGAAUUGGCUUCCCAGAGCAGGGUCAUCUUCCACGAAAACUAUCGUUCCACGAAAGCCAUCAUUUCCUUUGUUUCUAGGAAUUUCUAUGUGGCUAAGGGCAACCCUAUUCAGGCUAGUGGACAGAUCCCUGGCCACCCAGAGAAGUAUCCACUCAUGUUUUGCCAUGUGGCUGGUACUCCUGAGAGAGAUAUAACAAUGACAUCGUGGUUCAACAGGGCUGAAAUAGUGGAGGUCAUUGAGAAGGUGCAAGAAUUCUACAGUAUCUGGGCCUACCAAUGGAACAGCCCUGACCUGAAGCAAAUUUGUGUUGUGUCCCAUGGUUCUCAGGUAAAAACACUGAGACAGGAACUGAGGAAGAAACAACUAGGAGAAGUGGCAGUGGAGAAUUUUGAAAAUCUGCCAGGUCGUGAAUUCCGAGUGAUUAUCCUCAGCACUGUACACACGCGGGACAGCCUACUCAGCAGUUCAGUCCCCCACCUGGAAUUCUUCAGUGAGGCCCGAGUACUGAACACAGUGAUGACCAGGGCUCAGUCACAGGUGGUUGCUGUGGGGGAUGCUGUGGCUCUGUGUUCCUUUGGACACUGCAGUAAGGUAUGGAAGCACUUCAUUCAAGAGUGUGUGGAGAUGGGCAGUGUCUCUCCUGUGGACCUCACGAUGGAACAGAUCAAGCAAGAUGUGGUACAUAGGCAGCGCUGGGCCCGGCAAAAUGGACUGCAUCCUGUGAAGAUAGCCAUGGAGGACUUCUUAGAAGAGGAGGACAACGACAAUGAUUCUGCCUCAUGGGUGUCUGAUGCUGAACUCAAUGCUGAUGAUCCCAUUCUUCAAGAGUUACUGGAUGAGAGCAAGAAUGUGGCAGUGACAGUAACUGAGGAUGGGCUGCUAAAUGUGACAUCAGGUGCUCGGACCCACCAUCAGGGACAACAGUAUUUAAGCUUUCCUGUGCCAGUGUUGCAGAAAUAUCUACGCAUGCAGCCCAAGAUAUAUAGAAAAUGUGAACUGAUAAAGGAGGCCUUUGAAAAAGCCUCUGCCUUCACCAUAGAUGAUUCUCCACCUCUCAUUAUUCAAAUCAGAGGACGUACCAAUUGCGGUAUGGCCUUUACAGGUGACCAAGUUCUAGUGGAAAUCUUGACCCCAGGAUUGGAGGAACAGGGAUACUCCUGGCGUCCCAUGGGCCGAGUGGUAGGUGUACUGGAAAGGGGUGACCGUGAACUCAUUUUCAUAUGCAAGAUGGAUGAGUUUGACCCCCGAGUAAUGAUUCCCAUUGACCCUUCAGUCACCAAGAUCUUUGUCCCAGAGCUAAAAGAUAAGCCCAACACUAUUCCUAUCCGCCGUUUACAACGAGGACACAUUAAACUUAUUAGCUAUGAGAAGAUAACAGAGGAGACCAAGCGCAACCAACUCUUUCGUGUACAGAUCAUCUCCUGGAAAGAGAGGUUCUAUUAUCCAUUAGGUAUCAUACUUGAGAUCCUUCCCUUGCCUUUGACCUUAGAACAAGGCUUAAAGAUUCUGGACAUGGAAUAUUCUUUGAGUGCCAAUGGAAGAUAUCCCACGCCAGUCAUUAAGGAGGUGAACCAGCACAAUUGCAGUAAACUUAGCCGUCGGGGACAGUGGAAGGACUGCCGGGAUUAUUUGACCUUUACUGUGGACCCUCAGGGUUCUCGGGAUCUAGAUGAUGCUAUCAGUGUCCGGGACCUGGGAGCCCAGUAUGAGAUAGCUGUCCACAUAUCUGAUGUAGCCAGCUUCAUGCCAAAGGAUGGGGCCCUUGACCGUGAAGCUAGGAAGCGAGGUGCUACAUACUAUGCUCCUGGAAAGGAUCCUGUGGCCAUGCUCCCAUCCAGGCUCAGCCAGGACCUGUUCAGUCUCCUUCCUCACCAGGAACGUCGAACUAUCUCCUUGAUCCUUACAGUGGAGAAGGAAGGUGACCAAGUAGUGAAAUGGCAUAUCACUCCAUCUAUGAUACGCUCUGAUCUUCAGCUGACUUAUGAGGAAGCUGAGGUUAUCAUUAAAAGUCACCCUGGUGGUGGGGCUUGGCUGCCUCUCCGGCUGGGCACUGUAGAAGGCUGUGUUGUGGCUGCUUACCACUUUUCCCAAGUCCUUCGCAGAGGCCGCCUUCAGGGAGAUUGCUACUAUGACCAACCAGAUGAAGAUAGCCCUCUUGGCUCGCGUAGCUCCCACCAGAUGGUUGAGGAACUUAUGAUCCUAUUCAAUAGCUAUGUAGCUAAGUUCCUGGUACACAAGGAUAGCACAAAGUUGAUCACUCCUUUGAGGUGCCAGGCUGAGCCCAAUCCUCAGCAAGUAGCCCAACUAAAGGAAAAGUACCGUCACUUGCUCCCUGUGUCCCUCCAUCUCUCUUACCGUCUCUGUGGCCAGCCCUACAAUGCUUCCCAAGUAACCAACUCAGUAUGCAACCUCUCCAUCCUGCGUCCACUUUGGGAUCACCUGUGUCAGGCUGCUGACAGCAAGGACUAUAACAAGAUGGUGGACCUCAUUGCCACAGAUGACAUUCACCCCACUCUGGCCCCAGCUGGACUGGAGUUCCGAAAGCUACUCAGCCGUUCCUACUUUAGCCGUUCGAACUCUACUAGCCUGUCCAGGGCUGGGCACUACUCAUUGCAGGUCGACUGGUAUACUUGGGCAUCUUCCCCCAUUAGGCGUUACAUUGAUGUGGUUCUUCAAAGGCAGCUCCAUGCUGCCAUGGGCCAGGGUCAGCCUGGCUAUUCCCCCGAAGACAUUGACUUGCUGUGCCAUGACUUCAAUCGGAAGAAUGGGCGUGCCCAGGCUUAUGAGCGUAAGGCCCACUGCCUUCAUCUGGCCACCCAGCUCAAAGCCCAGCUGCUAACAAAAUUGUGCUUUGUGGUGAAUGUGGAAUCCGCAAAUCGUUUUUUUAAGGUGAUUUUCCCCAUGAACCGGGAUACCCUGCCUGACCCCCACCUUGUCAAUUAUCGUGCACUGCAGUUGAUAGAGCAGCCUUCCUUUAUCCCUGAGCGCCAGAAUAUAAAGCUGGUAUGGAAGAAGCGAAUGUAUUCUCUGGAUAAGGGCAAAGCAUGGAUUCCAUCCCCUAAAACUCUGGUGGGCACACAUGUUAUGCCAAUAAGUAGUAGCAUCUGGCAGGACCUGCUGCUGGCCAUCCAGAACCAGAACUUUCAGAAGGCAGCAGCCCUGCUGCUAAGAUCUAGAGGGGCUGCCCAGACCUCCUACCAACGGCCCCUAGGCCAGAUGUCUCGAAGCAAGUGUUCCCAUUAUGUAGAAGUGGUACUAGAGCUAAGUACUGGGGAUGCCUUGCAGAUGCAGCUGACCACUGAUGUCCAGAGGGGCUUCCUUGUGCCCUCCAUCCAGAUGUGGAUGUUGACCCCAAGUUUUGCUAUUUGCCUGGAGCAUGCUGAGAAACCCAUUGACUGCUUUUCCCGCUAUGCUUCACAGGCGACCAAGGAUGUAUACUCUGACCCACAGGACUAUUCCAGGGUAUGGAAACCACUCUCUGCCAUGGAAUCUGCUUCUAGUGCUGUGGCUGAGAAUGAUUCUAUCCUCUUGUAUGGUGUUCCUAUUACCUGGGAUAGAGAGCGGGACAGUCAGGGACAGAUGCAAGGGACCUUCCACUUAACCUAUACCUUCCUCAAGGAAUGUGCAAUUGAUAUCAACUUUAGCUUCUGCUACCUGUGCAUCCGAAUGGAGAACCUAAAACUCCAGGGGCCUGCAGUAGACCCUCCUAUGGUCAAUACUCUUGAUUCUUGUUUGAAUGUGGACCCUGACACCUAUACCUGGGUGGCUCAUGGGCUAACAGAUGAAAUGGAUCAGGAUGUCAAAAAAGUUGAUCGAAGAGAAGAUCGGAAAACAAUCCAUUUUUUCCUCCACCACGUAUCCAUGGAGAGCAUCCCUGUGGAGGUCACCAGAAAGGGAGCUUGCUUCACCAUUGAGGUGAUCCCAAAGCUGCUGCCAGAUAUCCGGAAAGAGAAAGCCAUCUGGAAACUGCAAUAUGCCUCACCACUUAUCACCAGCAUUGCCUUAGGCCAGCCCAUCAAAGAAGGGUCCUACAAAACUAUAAAGUCCAGUAUCUUGAAGCGUCGGACCUUUGACAUCCCACAAGGAAAAUUCAGACUCAAUAAGAGUCAGAAUAGUGCUGUGCUAGAGGCCCUUCAAAAGCCUUUCACUCUUAUUCAAGGGCCACCAGGUACUGGGAAGACAGUGGUUGGGGUCCAUAUUGUAUACUGGUUCAAUAAGUUAAAUCAGGAGAAGUCUGAGACUGACCCACUGCCCUUGACAGGGGAUAGCAAAGACAGAGGGGACAAGUGCAUCCUAUAUUGUGGGCCAUCCAACAAAUCCGUUGAUGUUGUUUCAGAAAUCCUGCUUCAGUGGAAGGAGGAGCUCAAGCCUUUGCAGGUAUACAGUGAACAGAUGGAGGCCAUGGAAUUCCCUGUACCAGGGAGCUAUAGAAUGUUUCGUAAAAAUAUUCGAGAAGGGAAGCCAAAACCUGAACUCAGAGACAUCAUUCUCCAUCAUCGUAUCCGGAUGCCGUCCAACCCAUUCUUUCGCAAGAUUUUGGAAUUUGAUGCCAGAGUGAGGAAGGGGGAUCAGUUCUCAGAAGAUGAGAUUGAACAAUAUAAGUCUAUCACCACGAUGGCCCGGACGGUUGAGCUAAAAAACCAUGGUGUCAUCCUCUGUACCUGCUCCUGUGCUGCCUCCUCCAUCCUCGUGAAGCACCUCAACGUCAAACAGAUUCUCAUUGACGAAGCUGGCAUGUCCACAGAACCUGAAAGCCUCAUCCCCCUUGUUAACUUUCCCCAGGCUGAGAAGGUGGUGUUGCUAGGGGACCACAAACAGCUUCAACCCUUUGUAAAGAAUGAUCACUGUCAAAACCUGGGCUUAGAGAAGUCCCUCUUUGAGCGCUACCAUGGUCAAGCCUGGAUGCUGGAUACACAGUACCGAAUGCACAAUGAUAUCUGCAGAUUCCCUUCCAAAGAAUUUUAUGACAACAAAUUAAAGACUAGUUUGGAACUAAAGAGAAUGCCAAGUGUCUUCUGCCACCCAGACCAAGUAAGCUGCCCCAUUAUCUUUGGCUAUGUCCAAGGAGUGGAGGAGAGCCUUUUGGUCUCUACAGAUGAAGGAAAUGAAAACUCCAGGGCCAACCGGGAUGAAGUAGAGCACGUGGUUCGAAUAGCAAACCAGCUGACCUUGGAUAGGACCAUCAAGCCCAAGGACAUUGCAAUCCUCAGCCCCUACAAUGCCCAGGUGUCAGAAAUCAACAAGAGGCUGUUAAAGGAGGGAAUUACUGGAGUGACUGUCUCCUCCAUCAAGAAGAGUCAAGGAAGCGAGUGGCGAUAUGUUAUACUAAGUACAGUCCGCUCCUGCCCCCCUGGUGAAAUUGAUGGGAGGCCCACCAAAAGCUGGUUGAAGAAACACCUAGGCUUUGUCAGUGACCCACAUCAGGUCAAUGUGGGGAUUACUCGGGCUCAAGAGGGGCUCUGCAUCAUUGGAAAUCACUACCUCUUGAGUUGCUGUCCAAUGUGGCAGCGACUCAUUGAUUUCUACACAAAGAAGGGAUGCUGUGUCAUGGCUUCCUCAGUGCACGUCCGUCAGAGGCCUGCUGUCCGCCACUGAGACAUAGCCCUCGUUGGCCUUUUCUCUUGGGUCACAAGGCUUGUUUGUGCACUCAGAGGUGGAGAAUCAAUAAGGCCACCCCUUUCUCCCUGUCCCCCUGAUGGCUUUGAAAUCUCUUUGAGACUUUUUCCUCUCCGACACCAGGAAUGUCCAGCAUCUUGUACUUUAUUUUACAAAAUGCCAAUGAGAAAACAAAAUUGACCAAAAAUCCUCCCCUUUUUUCUGUCCCCUUUUCCCAGCCAAGGAAGCCUCAUUUAGUGCAUCCCCAUGUGCCUUUUGUGACUGCAGCCAGUGGGGACUGAUGGAAUCUGGGGGGCUGCCUCUGAUGUCUAGCUUACAUGGACUCAAUAGACCAAAGCAGACAAGGACCAAGCCUUCAGAAAGAACCAGCAAUAACAUGAUCCUUUAGAAAAUCUCUCUCCUUUCCUACCUGUUUCCUGCCUCAGAGGGAAGGAGGAAACUCUUCUGAUUUGAAUGGAAUAACCAUUUGGCUUUUUAAUCUUAGAGAAAAAUGAUAAGGAGCAGGUUGAAGAGGAACCCAGACUCUUCUUGCCCUAUUUUAAGUGCUCUUAGUAAGAGUGUUCUGGCCAGAUUGUUGACCAAGAAGCCUCCAGGUGCAGUGUAUCCUCUUCUCUGUUCUUGCAGAGUGAGAGGUUUAGGGAGGCCCAAGGGAUUUUUGCUAUAAACCCAACUCUGGAGUUCAUCCUUGGUGCUGUGCUGAGAAGAUUCUGGGUGAAGCAAGAGAACCCUUAGCGAAGCUGCUUAAAAAACAAAACAAAACAAAACAACUUAUUAUUCCUGGACUCUUUUUAAAAUCGGAUUGUUGAUCUGUGGCCACGAUUUUGCUUGUCAAUGUUGUACAUUGGAUAUGGUCUUUUUUUGUUGUUGUUUUUAAAGUAGCCAAUCAGCAUUGGCUAGAACCGGGAGCAUGGGAAGGAUUCUGGCAUCCAGGUAGAAGGGUGAGGUCAUAGCAAGGAAACUGACUGACCAAGGUGACCUUCCCCAGCUUUCUGGAAGGGAUGGGCAUUUAUCCUGUAGCAUACCACUGCCCCUGGUCUAAUAAGUGACUAUAACUUGUAUGUCUUGGUGAACUUGGGACUGCUUCUACAACACCCUGGCCUGAGGUUUGGUGUUGGGCAGCAGCAUAAAACCAAAUUUGAACCAACAAAUCAUUGUUUGCACUAGCUAUUUUGGGAGAAGCUCCUGUUGUAAUGUGAAGGGAGGAGUCGUGCAAUAAUGCUGUCUCUGUCAGGUAGGGGGUGCAAGGCCAAGUAAGCCUGAGUUCUGCCGAGGAGGGCUGCCUGGAGCAGAUCCAGCCCAAGUACCCCAUGCCCGAUUACAGUAAGGCUAGAA